ACGUACGCGUGACUUGCAACAUGGGUUACAAAUUGAUUGGUCCGAGUCAAAUAACUUGUACAAUAAAAGGCUGGAAUGAAACUGUUGCGUGUCAGAUUGAAGAUUGUGGAAAUUUGUCCUUAGCAAAUGGAGAAGUGGUAUUUAAAUCUCAAAGUACUUUGUUUGGAGACAUUGUGGACGUGUCAUGUGACACAGGAUAUGACUUAAAUAGCAGCAAUGUGAUAACUUGCUUAUCAAAUGGGCAUUGGAGUGAAACUCCUUAUUGCAAAAUUGUCUAUUGUAAUGAUUUGGAACAGCCUGACAACGGUGCAAUGAAUGCCACGAACGGUACAACAUUUAACUCCAGAGUCAGGUUCAGAUGUAACACCGAUUUCCUUCUUGUUGGUAGCGAAACUGUCGUCUGUCAAAGUGAUGGAAAAUGGAGUGGUGAUACACCACGUUGUGUAGCGAAAUCACCAAAUGGUGGACACUGUACUUCAAGCGAGUAUUGUUUACUAGAAGGAUCUGUAUGUGAAAAUAGCGUAUGUGUUUGCAAAACCGACAUCUUCGAUAUGAUAAGCAAGAAAUGUGAUAUAAUGCCCCUUCUUCCAUACGGGAUCAAUAAUACAGACACACAACUGAAGACAACAGAUAAUUGUGGGCCUCGAAUAACCUUUAAUCCUGGCAUACCAGUCUUCGGAAAGACCCAUAAAACUUUAUACGUUUGCUCCCACGGAAUUGUCAGUUUUGACAAUGCUUAUAUUGGCAAAUAUCCUGCAAAAAAGGACAAAAUAUUAUCAGAUCUCGAAGGUCAAGACGUUUUGGCUCCGUUUCACGCGCCGUUUAGGUUGAAGCAAUCUGGUGGAAUUUACUUCAGAACAUACGACAUUUUAAAAUCUUAUUCUAACAUAGAAACUGACGAGUCUGUAAAAUAUAUUGACAAAAUCAUUAAAAGAUUAGGAGGAAUUGACAAAUUUAAAUCAAAAUUUGCUUUAAUUGCGACAUGGCACGAAGUCAAGCCGGCCCUGAACCAGUUUGACAGAGAAACGACAUCAACAUUCCAGUUAGUAUUGGCUACAGAUGGAAGUCAUACUUUUACAUUUUAUAUAUACGGACAUGAUCAGAUAAACUGGACAACAACUCUAUCAAAACCUCGAGUUUGGAUUGGUUAUUCUUUCAGUUCUUCAAAUGUUUUCACUCACCCGUUUGCAUAUACAAGUGACAUGUUUACACUCCUCGAUGCCAGGAAAUCAGCCCCUCGGUCAAAAUCAGACGUAUCUGGCAUAGUCUUUAAGCAAUUAUACCGCAAUGAAAAUAUCAGACAAAAUAACGCAAUUAACUGCAUCAACUGGUAUAACGAGAAUAAAGAUCAAAAAAGAUAUUUUGACUACAUAGCAAGUCUGACCCCCGAAUGUCCUUGUGACAUAAGAUUGUCAAGGUUCGAUCCAUGGUUUUGGCAGAUUGGACUUCAUCGGCAUCGCCAAGAUAAAUCACAUUAUUGUGUUGACAUGCUUCACAGGGGGAACUUUGGACAUUUUGGAAAGUCAUGUUGUUAUGACCUUAAAACAUGGCUGUGGGUUUAUCAGCGUCCAAUUGCUGGUGGUUUCCAACUUUAUCACCCAAAGAUACAAAAUGAACACUUGAAGCAUGAUCAUGAGCCGAAAGAAAAUUGUUGCAUGAAGUCAAAUUACUGUAGUCUGUAUUACUCACUUAGACCAACUGGAAGCUGCUACAAAAUCUCCCCGUUUAGAUUUGGAGUCUUUUGGGGAGACCCACAUUUUGCAACCCUAGAUGGUCUGAAUUUCACAUUCAAUGGAAUCGGAGAGUUCGUUCUUUUACGCGUUUCGACGGAGAAUAUUACAUUUGAUCUACAGGCGAGAACAGCCAGAACAUUAAAGAAAGACGGUAACCUAACAGAUGCUACUGCAUUUACGGCGUUUGCUGCAAGGGACAAUACCAAUGCAUCUGUACAUGUGGAGCUAAACAAAGCACGGAACGGUUUGAUCAUUUAUGCUAAUCAAGUGGACAUAACAAGUCAAUACAAUGCUGGCUCUAAAAAGGGCUUGGAUGAUCUCUUUACAUAUUCAACUCCCGAAGCCAACCUUAUUCUAGCACGUAGGGAUAAUGCAUUAAGCGUUCUUUUUCCAACUUCAGGCAUAUCGCUGAACAUAUCAGUUAGUGUACAAAUGUUGUCUAUAAGCACCAUUAUACCAAAUACACUGACAAACGUCACAAGCGGACUUCUUGGUAACUUUGAUGGGAAUCCAUACAACGAUUUGAUGAUGCCUAAUGGUACUGUUAUAAACGCAAAUUCUUCAGAGAGACAAAUAUUUGAUUACGGACAGACAUGGGAGAUUGAUGAAAAGAAGUCUAUGUUUGUGUAUGAAGAUGGCAAAUCGCAUCAAGAUUAUCAAAAUAAUUCUUUCACUCCAAGAUUUCUGGAUGAGAUUGAUGUUGAUAAACGAGCACAAGCAGAGCAAGACUGUAAUGGCGCCGAGAAUAUUGAAUGUGUUUUUGACCUCGUAUUCACAGAAAAUAAAGAGGUUGCAAAUGCUACUAGAAUUUUGAAGACUGAUGCGGAUCUUGACAGAAAUGAAAUUAAUGAAACUCAACCCACACUUACUGGAUGUGAAAGUAUCAAUGCAACUUUAGGACAGAAAGUUACAUGCCCAUUAAGUUUUGAAGAUGGACAUGAUAUUUAUUUUAUAGCUAAUAACGCAAAUGCUCAGAUCAACAAAACAUUGUCGACAGUGGAAUACACGCAGUCUAACACCGACCCAGUCGAUAUUCAAGUUGCUGUGAGGAAUAGUAAUGGUCGUUCUUCGCCCGGCAUUGUUAUAAAUGUUCUACUGUGUACUGGAUGUAGUGGACAUGGUGUUUGUUCUAAUGUUAUAAGAGAUGACCAGCAACAAACACAGUACUUUAAAUAUUUCGAAUGUAUCUGUGAAUCUCCAUAUGAUGGUCCUAACUGUGAAAAUGAAAAAGAUUGGUGUUCAACGAAUCCUUGUUCAUUAGAAAGAGAAUGUACAACUAUAAGUGCCAAAGAGCAGCUUAGCGAAGGCAAGUCCUAUAUUUGUGCUGAAUGCCCUGAGGGAUACGUUAAGGACAUGAACGAUUCUGAUAUCGACGAUUGUAUAGAUGUUGAUGAAUGUUCUGAAAAGACAACAUAUUGCGAACACAUAUGUGUUAACACGGAGGGUAGUUUUGAAUGUUCAUGCUUUACUGGGUAUCGAGUUAGUGCAAAGAAUACAAGCAAGUGUAUUGAUAUAAAUGAAUGCGAAGAAGCCUUGGAUAAUUGUUCACAUCUAUGUGUAAACAAUCCAGGUGGGUUCUCCUGCCAAUGCCAUGAUGGAUAUAAACUUCAAGAUGACGGUUCGACUUGUGUUGCUGAUACAGCAACAGGCGUUUGUAAUACUUCUAGUGAAAGUAAAUGCGCAGACACUGGUGGAUGUAUUCUUGAAGCUGGAAUUGAAAAAUGUUUCUGUGACAGAGGGUUAGAGUUGGAUGCUAAUGGUGUCGUUUGCGAUGAUAUAGAUGAAUGUGCAAAGAAUGUUUGUCCUCAAUUAUGUACAAAUAAUCAUGGAAACUUCACCUGUUCUUGCUUUACCGGUUAUUACUUGAACGGCUUAACCAACUGUGAAGCAUGUGCUGCAACACGAUGGGGUGAAAACUGUGAAAAGGAAUGUGUUUGCACUGGUAGAGGUGCGCAAAUAUGUGACCCUGUAAAAGGGUGUUUGUGUGAUCCUGGAUGGGAAGGCGAUACUUGUGAUGAAGACAUCAACGAAUGUGACGUCGCUAAUAUUUGCAAAGACCCGAUGAAGGAAUGCACCAAUAGUUUGGGAUCAUAUCUUUGUCAGUGCAUGAAUGGAUUUCAGGAAAUCAAUGGAACAUGUGAAGAUAUAAAUGAAUGUGCAAGUCCAAUAUUUCAUGAUUGCAUGCAAGAAUGUAACAAUGCCUUCGGUGGAUAUACAUGUGGAUGUUUUGAGGGAUAUGUCGAGAUAAAUGAAACAUCUUGUGCAGAUAUCGACGAAUGUGAACAGGGAACGGCUGAUUGUGAACAAAAUUGCAUGAAUGUUCCUGGGUUUUACAAUUGUUACUGCAAUACAGGGUACACUCUAAAUGAUGAUAGAUCUUCUUGUGAGAAAGUUUCAGAUCCAUGUUUGCAAUUCCAGAACUUGAACUGUUCUCAUUACUGCAAUGCUCUUGAUGUAGGUUAUGCUUGUGGUUGCAGAAAAGGUUUUAAAAUCUUACCUGAUAAAGAGACUUGUUCAGAUGCCAAUGAAUGUACCGACGCCGAUCUUAAUCUUUGUGAUAAGGUUGCAACCUGCAGAAAUACAUACGGGUCUUUUACUUGUGAAUGUCCAACAGGAACAAAACUUGCAAAUGACAAAAGGACAUGCUUAGUAUGUGAUGAAUUCCAUUUUGGUAAGGAAUGUUCUCAGACAUGCAGCUGUUUACACGGAGUUUGUGACAAGAAAACUGGUUGUGUAUGUGAUUCUGGUUGGAUUGGGGAUAACUGUAACAUUGACGUUGACGAAUGUACAGCUGGUCUUCUACGGUGCUCUGCUGCUAAUACAAGAUGUGUUAAUACAGCUGGCGGAGCUGUUUGUUCCUGCAAAACUGGAUACAUUAAUAUCUCUAAUCAGUGUAUCGAUGUAGAUGAGUGUAAAGAUUCUGCAAUGAAUAAAUGUGAUCAAGUUUGUGUCAACACCAACGGAAGUUACACCUGUAAAUGUCAACAUGGUUUUACCAUGCUGGAAGGAUCAUGUCAAGAUAUCGACGAAUGUAGCGGAAUGAAUGACUGUGAUCAGAUAUGUGAUAACACAAUAGGAAGCUAUAGAUGUUCUUGUCACGAAGGAUAUGCUCUUAAUCUAACCGAAAGAAAAUCAUGCAGUCCCAUACAUGUGUGUACAGAAGAUAAUUCAUCGACGUGUGGGGAUAACGCAUUAUGCAUGAUGCAGGACGGUGAGAUAGAGUGUCGUUGUUUUAAAGGAUAUGUGAAAAAGAAUGACAUUUGUGUUGACAUAGAUGAAUGCAAUGAAACGCCUUGUUCCCACAUUUGCAUCAAUACUUACGGCAGUUACACGUGCAAUUGUCAAAACGGAUAUUUCCUUAAGGAAGACAAGGUCACAUGUCAAGUUUGUGAGUUAUUCAAGUAUGGCACAAAUUGUGAAGACAUCUGCACUUGCGUAAGGGAAAAUACGGACUCCUGUGACCCCAAGACUGGUCAGUGUUACUGUAAAAAUGGUUGGACUGGUGAUAAAUGCGAUGAUGAUGUCGAUGAAUGUACGAAUAGUGAUGUUGUUUGUCCUUACAAUUCUGAGUGUUUUAACACGCCUGGCAGCUUUGAUUGUAAAUGCGACAUAGGAUAUCUUCUAGUAGCCUCCGGGGAGUGCAAAGUUUGUGAUAAUCGACACUAUGGAGAAAACUGCAACAGUAUUUGCAAUUGCCACAUUGAAAACACAGACUCCUGCAAUCAUACAAGUGGCGUAUGUACAUGCAAAAAGGGAUGGACAGGGGAAACAUGUUUGGAUGACAUAAACGAAUGCGAUACUGAUUCGUGUAGUGAUGUAUCACAUUCUUUCUGUGAGAAUAGAAAUGGGUCCUACGAAUGCAUAUGUAGAACUGGAUUUCGAGUUUUUGAGAAUACCUGCAGUGAUAUAAAUGAAUGUGAAGAAGAUGCUUUUAACGCUUGUGAACAGUCAUGUAUCAAUUCAAUUGGAAGUUUUCAUUGUGGCUGCUUCAAAGGAUAUUAUAUGGUUAAUAAUGUGUGUAAAGAAUGUUCUGGCAAUACGUUUGGCGAAAAUUGUACGGAACAAUGUAAUUGUGUGACAAAAAAGUCUGAAAAUGUUGAGCAGACAUGUGACACGGUGACUGGAAAGUGUAGAUGUAAAUCUAACUGGAAAGGAGAAACCUGUUCGAAAGAUGUGGAUGAAUGUGAGGAAGAUACAACAUUGUGUAGUGCUAAGAACAACACAACAUGUGUAAAUACGCACGGCUGGUACAAAUGCGAUUGUAUCAAAGGUUUCAAGGAAAAUGCGGACGGACAAUGCGUUGAAGAUAGCAGUUUUUCAACGGAUAUUCCUAAAGUUGCUGGUGUAACGACAUUUAAUUUUAGUAUUACAAUUCACACAAACUCAUUGGCAGGGGUUAACAUGAAGUCAGCAAAUUCCUUCGAUAUUGUGAGAGGGAAAGUCGAAAAAAGCUUGUUGGGAUUUUACUCCCGUUAUACAGCAGCCGUGAUUCAAAUAUUUAUUGUUCACUUAAAGUAA